UGGAGGAGUUUGAUUUUUUUGUUUUCAGACUCAGUGGCCAGAUUGCGUUCCUGUGAGGAGUUCGGUCAAAUAAAGGGACACGUAACAAAAAUUGUAAAUAAGUAGUCCGAAAACUUCCUGUGCGGUAGCCGGUGUGGACACAAAUAGCUAGCUAAUGCCUAGAAUACUGACUAAGUUGGCUUGCUAACUCGACCGAAUACAUCCAGCAUUAACUAACAGUUAGCUAGACGUCUCUUUUCUGUUUUUGGAUCAGGUAAACUAGCUAAUUGAUCUGUGCAUCUGUGACAUAGCUAGGUUACCCGUACAUGGACGUGCAAUGGCAUCGGUUAGAGUGGCUGUCCGGGUCAGGCCCAUGAACAGACGGGAGAAAGAUCUCUCUGCCAAGUGCAUCAUUCAUAUGCAAGGGAACAAGACUUCCAUUACUAACCUCAAGAUUCCCGAUGGGAACUCCGGGGACUCGGGCCGGGAGAGGAUCAAGACGUUCACGUACGACUUCUCCUACGACUCGGCCGACGGUCGAAGCUCCUCCUUCGUUUCUCAGGAGACGGUUUUUAAAGACCUGGGCUCUGACGUGUUGAAGGCCGCCUUCGAGGGCUACAACGCCUGCAUCUUCGCCUACGGUCAGACGGGUUCCGGGAAGUCCUACACCAUGAUGGGGAACCCGGGGGAUUCGGGGCUGAUCCCGCGCAUCUGCGAGGGCCUGUUCAGCCGCAUCUCAGACACCACCAGCUGGGACCAGGCGUCCUUCCGCACCGAGGUCAGCUACCUGGAGAUCUACAACGAGCGCGUUCGGGACCUGCUGCGGAGGAAGGCCACGGACACGUUCCACCUCCGCGUGCGCGAGCACCCCAAGGACGGGCCCUACGUGGAGGACCUGUCGAAGCACCUGGUGCAGAACUACAGUGACGUGGAGGAGCUGAUGGACGCGGGCAACAUCAACCGCACCACGGCCAGCACGGGCAUGAACGACGUCAGCAGCCGCUCCCACGCCAUCUUCACCAUCAACUUCACCCAGGCGAAGUUCGCAGCGGAGAUGCCGUCGGAGACGGUGAGUAAGAUCCACCUGGUGGACCUGGCGGGCAGUGAGCGGGCGGAUGCCACCGGGGCCACCGGAGUCCGCCUAAAAGAGGGAGGCAACAUCAACAAGUCCCUGGUCACCCUGGGCAACGUCAUCUCCGCUCUGGCGGACAUUUCCCAGGACGGCACCACCCACAUGAAGAAGAAGCAGGUCUUCGUGCCGUACAGAGACUCGGUGUUGACCUGGCUCCUCAAGGACAGUCUCGGCGGAAACUCAAAGACCAUCAUGAUCGCGACCGUGUCUCCCGCGGACGUGAACUACGGCGAGACGCUGAGCACGCUGCGCUACGCCAACCGCGCCAAGAACAUCAUCAACAAGCCCACCAUCAACGAGGACUCCAACGUCAAGCUGAUCCGCGAGCUACGCGCGGAGAUCGCCCGCCUCAAAGCCCUGCUCAUCCAGGGCAAUCAGAUUGCCCUGCUGGACUCGCCCACCGCCCUCAGCAUGGAGGAGAAGCUGCAGCAGAAUGAAGCCCGGGUCUUGGAGCUGACGAAGGAGUGGACCAACAAGUGGAAUGAGACCCAGAACAUCCUGAAGGAGGAAACCCUGGCACUCAGGAAGGAGGGAAUCGGGGUCGUGCUGGACUCAGAACUGCCACACUUAAUCGGAAUUGAUGACGACCUCCUCAGCACCGGCAUCAUCCUCUACCAUCUGAAAGAGGGGAAGACGUACGUCGGGAGAGAGGACGCCACGACCGAGCCGGACAUCGUUCUCCACGGGCUGGACCUGCAGAACGAGCACUGUGUGUUUGAGAACCUGAGCGGGACCGUCACCCUGGUGCCUCUCUCUGGCGCCCAGUGCUCCGUCAACGGGGUGCAGGUGACCGAGCCGUCCCAGCUCAACCAAGGUGCUGUCAUAUUGCUCGGGAGAACAAACAUGUUCAGGUUCAAUCACCCGAAAGAAGCGGCUAAACUCAGGGAAAAGCGGAAGAGUGGCCUGCUGUCCACGUUCAGCCUGUCGAUGACGGACCUGUCCAAGUCGUGUGAGAACCUGUCGGCCGUGAUGCUGUACAACCCCGGGCUGGAGUUUGAACGUCAACAACGGGAGGAGCUCGAGAAGUUGGAACAUAAAAAGCGGCUGAUUAAGGAGAUGGAGGAGAAGCAGAAGAGCGAGAAGGCGGAGCUGGAGCGCAUGCAGCAGGAGGUGGAGUCGCAGCGCAAGGAGUCCGAGGAGGCGCGCCAGCGCGUGCGUCGGCAGGAGGAGUCGCUCCGCGCGCGCAGCCAGGACAUCGAGAGCCGCCUGCGGGACCUCCUCGCCGAGAAGGAGCUCUUCGAGGAGCAGCGGGUGCGCGAGGCCCGCGACCAGGAGCGCCGGGAGAAGACGGAGAUCUUCCAGGAGCUGGAGCGCCUCCGGCGGGAGUGCGAGGAGCAGACGGCGCGCAUCGGGCUGGAGAGGAGGCGCAUGGAGGAGGCGGAGCGGGAGCAGCUGGCCCUGGUGGGCCGCCUGGAGGAGCAGCUCCUCCGCAGGCACGAGACGGUGGGCCUCCUGCGGCGGGACGACGCCCGCCGGCUGGGCGAGGAGAAGCGCGAGCUGGAGGAGAUCCGGGAGGCCCUGCUGCGGGCCAAGGAGGCGCGGCCGGAGGGCGGGGAGGAGCACGAGGAGGCGCAGCUGGCCCGGGGCAGGUACGCCGAGUUUAAGGAGGUGCAGCUCGACCGGCUGGCCGACCUGCAGGAGGAGCUGACGCAGGAGAAGGAGCGUCUGGAGCGGGACGUGUCGGUGGAGCGCAAGGCCCUGGGGCUCCUGCAGCGCUCCCACGAGGAGGCGCAGCUGAAGGAGGUGCAGGGAGCGCAGGACGGCGCCGGAGGGGCUCAGGAGAAGGAGCGCAUCCGCCAGGCGGAGCAGAGGCUGCAGUUUAAGGAGCGGCAGCUGGCCUCGCUCACGGAGACGCACCUCCCCACCGUCCGGGAGGAGAGGCAGCGCGCCGCAGAGCUCCUGGAGAGAGGCCCCCUGGGCCUGGACAACACCCUGUACCAGGUGGAGAAGGAGGCGGAGGAGAAGGCGGAGCAGCUCUCCCUGUACUGCUCCAGCGCCGACCAGCUGCAGCAGCUGCAGCAGACCUACGAGUUCACCGCCAACGUGGCGCGCCAGGAGGAGAAGGUGCGCCGGAAGGAGCAGGAGAUCCUGGAGUGGAAGGAGAGGAGGCAGCGGGAGGCGCUGGAGCAGGCCGUGGCCCGGCUGGAGAGGAGGCACUCCGCCCUCCAGCGCAGCGCCUCCGUGGGCCUGGAGGUGGAGGGGCAGAAGCGUCGGCUGGAGGUCCUCCAGGGGGAAGGGGAGGACCAGGUGGAGGGCCUGGGGGUCAGCCUGGAGGAGGAGCACCGGGCUCUGGAGGAGGAUGGGGAGAGGAUAAACGCGUACAUCGAGGAGGAGGUGCAGAGGAGGCUGCAGAAGAUCAGCCUCGUCAACGGCGAGCACAGCGCGGAGUGCCUGAGAGAGGACGAGAGGUCUCAAAACGGCCUGGAUUCCAGGAAGCUGAAAUAUAAGCGGCUGGCCUCCCGGCCCCUGGCCCCCGGUCCGGACGGGACGAGGGACCUGGUUAGAGUGGGGAUCCCGCGGUACGUGCUGCGGGGGCAGGGGAAGGACGAGCACUACGAGUUUGAAGUGAAGAUCACCGUGUCGGAUGAAACGUGGACCGUGUUCAGGAGGUACAGCCGCUUCCGGGAGAUGCACAAGACGCUCAAACAGAAAUAUCCGGAGCUCAUGUUCGGAGACGAGCGGCUGAAUGUUUCCCCGUUGACCUCGGGUCCGAGGGCCGCGGCGGUUAGUCUCCCGGCGGGGUUCGACCCCGCCACGUUCCGGCUUCCGGCCUGGGACGAAGCCCAAAUCCGUUUAAUUUCCCCCGGCGCUUAUGAGAAUCGGAAACUGAUGAACAUACGAACGGCUCUGUUCUUCGUGUUCGGAGCGCCGCUCAUAAACCGCUACGUGGAGACGGUGAAGUUUUAUGGCCCUGUGUUCGGCACUGGCGAAGCGUCGGGGCUGCCCGUCUCACGUGAGAAAGGCUACGAGGUCCUGGAGUACAUCUGGGCGGCCUUCUUCAGUUUGCUGAACGUGGGGAAAACCGUGACUGUCCCUGAUGUCUUCGACCGCGACCACGGUUCUGAGUGGUCAAACAUUUGGGGACGGGCCCUUGCCUCUUGGCGCGGGGUUUGGUCUCACGCGUUUGUCUGCUGUGUGUUUUUCCCCCCACAGAGGUACCUGAGGAAAUUAUUUUGGCUGAUGCUGGAAUCUACCAACUCCCCUCUCCACGAGGAGAAGAUGGGCCUCCGGCUCUCCAAACAUGCUGUCUGCGAGCUCUCCCCCUUCUUCAGGAAGGGCGUCUUCGACUACAGCAGCCACGGGACCGGCUGAGCUCCGGACCGGUCGGGACUGGUCGGGAGUACUACCAAAAAAAGAGACUUGUGCCUUUUCUGUGGCAGUGAUGAACUUGAAUGUAGCACACAGCGCUAGGCCUGCCUGCCUGCCUCCCUGCGCUCUGAACACAAAUAACCCCCACACCCGCAACCGUGCUCACUCAACCUCACACACGCAUGACGUACACACACCUCUCUCUCUCUUAGACACGGGUCGAUGACACAGGCCGUUACAUAACGCAGAAAAGCCCCUCACUCUCACUCUCACUCUCACUCACUCACUCACUCACUCACACUUACACACACACACACACACACACACACACA